AUGGCAUUUAUUAAAGAGGAGAGUGAAGAUGUGAAGAUUGAAGAAACAUUCACAGUCAAACAGGAAGAUCCACAGGAACAAACAGACCUGAUGGUGCUGAAAGAAGAGACUCAUCAAUGGAAUGAAAUGGAAGAAAAAAAACACCAAGAAAUAACAACUGAUGAAAAACCCACACUCACUAAAAAGACUUCAUCACGCGGAAGACCUCGGAAAUCCAAAUCUGGGUGUAAUUUCAGCUGUAAACGGUGUAGAAAGAGUUUCAGUCAAAGGUCAAACCUUGAUGUUCACAUGAGAGUUCACACAGGGGAGAAACCUUACACCUGCAAACAGUGUGGAAAAAGCUUCUAUACUAUAGGAAACUUAACAGUGCACAUGAGAAUUCACACUGGAGAGAGGCCGUAUGCAUGCCAAAAGUGUGGGAAAAGCUUCUAUACUACAGGAAACUUGGCAGCGCACAUGAGAAUUCACACUGGGGAGGAGCCUUACUCUUGCCUCCAGUGUGGAAAGAGUUAUAAGCAAAAUGGCAACCUUGAAAUUCACAUGAGGAUCCACACUGGAGAGAAACCGUUCACAUGCACUCAGUGUGGGAAGAGUUUCAGCAAAUCAUCAUCCCUUGAUGUUCACAUGAGAGUUCACACAGGGAAGAAACCUUACACCUGCAAACAGUGUGGAAAAAGCUUCUAUACUAUAGGAAACUUAACAGUGCACAUGAGAAUUCACACUGGAGAGAGGCCGUAUGCAUGCCAAAAGUGUGGGAAAAGCUUCUAUACUACAGGAAACUUGGCAGCGCACAUGAGAAUUCACACUGGAGAGAAGCCUUACUCUUGCCUCCAGUGUGGAAAGAGCUAUAAGCAAAAUGGCAACCUUGAAGUCCACAUGAGAACUCACACUGGAGAGAGAAGCUUUCUUUGCACACAGUGUGGGAAAGGUUUUUCUCAAAAACAAAACCUUAAAAUCCACAUGAGGAUUCACACUGGAGAGAAACCUUACACAUGCACAGAGUGUGGUAAAAGUUUCAGAUGUAAAAACACACUCGAUCACCACAUGAUAAGUCACACUGGAGAGAAGCCGUUUGCAUGUGCUCAUUGUGGAAAGAGCUUCACAACCAAAGCUAGGCUCAUGAAUCACACGAAUGGUCACACUGGAACCACAUGUGAUCAGUGUGGAAAGAGUCUCACAUGCAAAGACUCCAUAAAGCAACACAUGAAGAUUCACUCAGGCGAGCGUUUUCGAUGCAGUGAGUGUGGAAAGGGCUUUAAACAUAAAAGAAGCCUCAUCAAUCACAUGAAGCUUCACAAUGGAGAGCAAAAAUGAGGCCUUGUCCAGCGGAGCUUAAGGCUCUCACCCGGGAUAGCAUCUCGGGACAAGUGUGAACUCUUGAAUACAUCUCAAGUUACUGGAAUGAAACCCUUUGAACCUGAAGAUUUAAACUCAAUAACUGAAGAGGGGUGAAGAUGUGCCAGGUUGUGAGAGUUUCUACAGGGCUGCAAUAAAGCAAAAUAACUCUAUAUGUGUUUCAAGUUAUUAUGAACUGAAAACCAGUUGUUUACAGAAAGUUUAAUUGUUUUCAUGAAGAAAACUAGUUUCUUUUCUAAAAUCAGUCCAUCAAAAUAAAUGUGUAGUGUUUUGAAGCCAAAGUCUUCAUUUGUUACCCACAACACAUCAAGAUUUGAUCAAGUCAAAAUCUCAUAAUCUGACACAAAUCUGAUCUGUGGUAACUGGCAAAUGGCAUUAUGUAGUCUAAACAGGGCUUUAUGGAGUCUGCAUCAGUCUCUCACUGUCAUUGCAAGUUCACACCGGCCGAGUUUAGGUGGAUUUUUAUUCACCACCAAGUUUUGUGACACUGCAGACAAAAGCCCAAAAUUGGAGGCAAAUCGGUGUUUGUUUAAGGGAGUGACAAUCAAACAAUGUGAAUAAUCAAAAACACAAUCUAAGGGUGUAGGACAGUUUUUUCUGCAUCUCCCCAAACAUUUUCUCCUCCCUAAUCUUUCUAAUUCUUUUUUCAGUGCAGACCAUUUGAUUGCAGUGUGCAAUGUGCACAAAUUUGGUUUCCUUUGAAGAAAUGUUCAUGUGAAAACUCCCACAUUACUACAAAUAAAUCUGUGUAUGGGAAACCCAGUAUCUC